CCUCCUAGCUUUCCACCUUCCUCAUUCUUCUCUUCUCUUCUCCCACCUAUACAACCUUACAUCCAUCCAUCCACCACCACCUUCUUCCCCUCCUGAUCAAUCCUCCCUUCUUCUCUACAUCAUGUCACUCCAAGACUCCAAACCAAGGAAAAUAGACCGCAAGCGACCAUCCAGGCAAAUAGAUGACCAGGAAGACAACCUCCAAUCCAUGCAACAACAACAACUCCCCAGGCAAAGACAAAGCCAAUUAGAACCCUACUCCAGACCAAUACGAAAAGACCGCUUCCCAUCCUCGCAAACAGGUGACCAGCAACACUACCUCGAACCCACGCAGCAACAACGACAGCGCAUGCAGCUACCGACCCUUCAAAUAUCCAUGCAAGGUGAUGAUGACCAGCAAGACAACAACCUCCAACCCAUGCAGCAAUGGCAACAGCCCACGCAAAGAGAGAGAGGAUCAAGUCAUGCACAGCCACCGUAUGAGGCCAGGCGCUGGCAACACAAGAACAGCGGCCUCAGCCCUAAAGAUCUGGCCGUGUGGUUCGUCGGGGCCUGCUGCGCCCUCAUGUGGACCAUCGUCAUCCUCGGCGGCGUCGUCGUCCUCAUAGUUUACCUCGUCUUCCGCCCCAAGAGCCCACUCCUCGACAUCCAGAGCGCCACCCUCAACGCCGCCUACCUCGACACCGGCACCCUCCUCAACGCCGACAUCACCAUUCUCGCCAACUUCUCGAAUCCGAACCGCAAGGUGCACGUGGCCUUCAGCUACGUGCAGGUGGACCUCUACUUCAUGGACACGAUGAUCGCAACGCAGGCAGUGGAGCCGUUCGCCGAGCGGCCGGGGGAAUCGGCGCUGAAGAGUUUGCACGUGAUAGCGAGCGAGGUGCCGCUGCCGCGAAAGGCCGCGGAGGAGUGGCAGCGGGGGACGUCGGAGGAGGGGGUGGCGCUGGAGGUGACGGGGAGGUUCAGGACGCGGUCGGACUUGGGCAAGUGGCUCCACUUCACCUACUGGCUCUAUGGGCACUGUACCAUCGUCAUCGGCGCGCCCCCCACUGGAGUGCUGCUAUCCAGCCGGUGUAGGACCAAACGCUGACAACAAUUCAUUUGAUGGCUAUAUAAAUUGGCGCUUUAUUUAGUCUCUUUUUUUUUUUCUAAUCUUUGUUUUGCUCACUUGUGAGUACAGCCAGGUAGAUGGUUUCCUGGUAUCCAAUUGGAAUGGAUAAUAGAAUUUUUGGACUUGCUUAAA